AUGAAUAUAUUAUAUAGUUUAUAUAAGAAGUACAGUAAAUUUAAUGAUAUUAUAGAUGAUAAGUUAAUGCUGGAUAAACAAUCAUUUUUAUCUCUCUCAACUAAUUUUUGCAACGAUUAUAUAGAAGCUAGUUAUAUAACAAAAUAUGAAGAAAUUUACAAUAAAUUAAGAGGAAAGAGUAUUGAAUAUUCGAAUAAUUUUAUAAAAUUAUCAGAAUGCGAAAAAACUAAUACAAUGACAACAGCACUUAUAGGAACAACGUUUGGAUUAAUUCCCUUUUUCGGGGUAUUAUAUAAGGUUAAAGAAAUUAAUUUUAUAUUUUGA